UGUAACACCCCUCCCCCUGUGCGUGAUAUCCCGUCCCACUGUCACACCUCCGGACACUGCCUCCUCCAGCUGCGGACGUGCAGGACCUGAUCUGGUGCAGAGGAUCCAGUCAGUACCGACGGCGGCAGAGGCAGGGCUCCGGAGGGAGGGACCAGGGAAUGUGACAGGAAGGACACAGUCUGAGCCCGGGAGAGCGGCCCACGCAGCAGAGGAAGCCAGGGGACGGUGAUCAGAGCUGCAAUAGAGACUGCCGAAGCUGCCCUUCCUAGAAUUUUCAUGAUGGCCCACCAACUCCUGCCCCGUGCUUUGGUUUCCCCCAGCUGGCUUUGGGAAUCCUUGCGGACUGGUUCUGCUCUCAAAGGAAACCUUCGUAUUCUUGAUGCCUCGUGGCAUCUUCCCAAAACUGGCCGUGACCCAUGGCGUGAGUACAAGGAGCGUCAUAUUCCAGGAGCCUACUUUUUUGACAUAGAUGCUUGCAGCGAUCGCACCUCCCCGUACGACCAUAUGCUACCUAGUGAGGACCAGUUUGCGGAAUAUGCAGGCCGACUUGGGCUCUCCAACAACAGCAAUGUGGUGGUAUAUGAUGCAAGUGAUUUUGGUUCCUACAGUGCUCCUCGGCUUUGGUGGAUGUUUAGAGCAUUUGGACAUCCCCAUGUAGCAGUGCUGGAUGGUGGCCUUAAAGCAUGGCUUAGGGAAGGGCUUCCAGUAAACUCUGGGAAGGAGCCUCGUCAACAUCCAACAGAAUUCAGGGCAAAGUUGAACACAUCGCAGGUUGUGGGACAUGAGGAAAUGGAAGAGAAUGUGGAGAAACAUUCAUUUCAAGUGGUGGAUGCCAGAGUGGAGGGAAGAUUUCGGGGGCUUCAGCCCGAGCCCAGGGAAGGAAUUGAACCUGGACACAUCUCUGGAUCAAUAAACCUCCCUUUCCCGGACUUUCUAACAGAAGAUGGAUAUGAGAAGUCCCCUGAAGAGCUGCGACGUCUCUUCCAGGAGAAGCGCAUUGAUCUGUUGCGUCCGCUAGUUGCAACGUGUGGCUCUGGAGUCACUGCCUGCCACAUAGCUCUAGCCUCUUUCCUCUGUGGUAAAGAAGACACUGCCAUAUAUGAUGGAUCCUGGGUGGAGUGGUACAUGCGUGCUAAGCCAGAAGAUGUCGUGUCAGAGGGUAGAGGAAAGACCUUAUAAGUGGCCAGUGCCCUAUUAGUCACCUUUUGUAUGGUGCCCUGAGAACAGCCUCUUCACAAACGUUCUUGUGCCAUUGUUUUAUGACCAGUGUGCUCACCUGUAUAGACUCUUGCCAUGGGAACAUUUCUGAUUAAGUGCCUUAUUUCCCCUACAGUAUGAGGUGUCUGCCUAUGCUCAUGCAGGGAUUUCAUGUUCAUAACUUCUUAAGGAGCUCUGAAGUCCUAAUCUGGAGUGACUUUUGUUGGCUUACAAAACAUAUCUCGGAAGAUAGCAGAAUGAACAUCCAGUUUAGCUUUUCAUAGUGUUAUACGUGAGAACUCUGUGUGAUUGGACACGCGUAACCACGUUAUCGGUCACUACUCUUGUUGGGGUACAAGGUUGCGUGUACUGUAUGUGAAUAUGAUCCUCAAUGGUGAAGCACAAACCGGUACAAAUGGCGAAGGGGGCUUUUUUUUUAUUAUUUUGAGUGUGACAAAAAUGAUUACUAAUAUAAAUUUCUGCAAAAAGGAAGUUGUCCCUACAAAGAAACGGAGACAAAAGAAAAAAUGCCUCUUUGUGGGGGCACUCUUUCAAUAAAUAUAUAUUGUUUAAAAAUUCAUUUUAAUUCAAUAAGUUUAAAAUUAUGUGUAUAGAAAAAAGGGCUGUGUGUACCUAUUAGCACAGUCCUAUUGUAGAGAAAUAUAAAUCAACCAUAAUUCCGUGGUGAAUACAAUGUACAUAACAUGCUCUUCCAAUAUAACAAUGUAUCCAAAAAAAGGGAAAAGUUUGUAGCAGCCUCUAUAUCUAGUGAUAUGUCUAAGGGUACAGAUGAAAAUCCCUGCACUCUUGACACAGGAUGCAAUUUAAUUGAUUGAUUGCCUUUUUGGCAUAUUGGAAGAAAUUGAUUAAUUAAAUGCCAGGUGAAAAAUAAAGACAGAUAUACAUCAAUAUAAUAAUAAUUAAAUAGGCAGAAAUGUGGCACUUGUUUAUCCAAACCAUCUACUGAAUCACCGGUCGAACAAAAAGAUUCAGAUUAUGUGGAUAUAGCAAAACUAUACUAAUUGAUACACUUGUUAAUCUAAUCAUAUAAGGUCUGACGAGUGCAUGAAAUCCAAUCGCUUGUUAAUCUACAGGUCAGUGUCAAAAAAACAACAAGUGUAUACAAAUAAUUCAGCAAGUGCCUAAGAGACUAUCCCAGCAGCAGUAAUAAUCAUAAAUUAUAAUAAUUGAAAGCUUUUAUCAUAAAGCGAAUACCAGUAUAAAGAAAAAGUACCUGCGCCGUUCGUCCGCUAACUUCUGCUGCCUUCCCAUGUGUGAAGCCGUCACAGUGAAUGGGAGGUGAGAGAGUCAGCGGCCGGAACGGGUAUGAAGGAAGGAAAAAGUGGCGUUACUUGCUGUUGUCGGGAAACAGGGAGAGGUGACCCUGUUGGCAGUCUGUCAUUGCAGGGAAAACCUACUCCCGUCCCGCAAUGAGUGCGCGCCGAAAUACCUAUAAGAAUAUUAUGUAGUCCUCCCGAUGCACUGGAACGCUGCCGCUGGCUUAGCUCAUGUCUCUAGUUGCCUGCGAGUCCGGGCCCGUGUGCGCUUCACAGGAGUCCCGGAGGAGACGUCGGAAUGACGUCAAACUGGACGUACGUUUCACCCUAGGCCGGGCUUGUUCACCAUAGAUGAUUUAUUUUAAUUAUGAUACUGAAUUUGCCAAAUUAUGUUACACACUAGAAUUAGAAAACUUGUUGUGAAUCAUUAGAUACUUAUUAAUGGUAGAAAUUACAAUGUGAUGUGAAUACAGAUCUCACAGAUUAGUCACGGUGGCCACAAGCUUGUUUCCAGUUGGGGUCUGAGCGUUGUAUUCACCCCAGGUAUUGUUUUUUUGUGUACCAACUUAAUGGUUAUUUUUACAUUCCCACAGAUGUCUAUUAAACCAGGCCAGAGAUUGACGUCUUACGAGCCAAUGGUAGCUGUGCAUCUUCAUUCUUAUAGGCACAGAGAUGGGGCACUGGACAACCUUUAAAAAGUAACUGCUAUAUAGUAAUCACUUCUUCAAAUUUUCUGAAUGGGAGAUGGAGUUUACUUCUUUGUCUUGCAUCACCGGUAUUUGUAAUGGGAACGUGUUUGAUGUGGUUUUUUUUUUUUGUGUGUGACAGAAUGUUGAUGUUUGUGGAGUUUUGACAACUUUAAAGUAAUAAACAUGUACAAUUUAGCUUCUUA